AUGGCAUUCCUCAGUCAAGCGCAGGCGGCGCCGGCAUGGUUCCUCUCGCUGGCCUUCCUCGGCACCCUUUACGCCGCUGCAUUCUCGUUCCGGCUCCUCGCCCACCUCGCGCUCUGCUUGCGCCGGCCGAAGGACCUCCGGCGCCGCUACGGCGCCUGGGCCGUCGUCACCGGCCCGACGUCCGGCAUCGGCCGGUCCGUCGCCCUGGAGCUCGCCAGCCGGGGGCUCAACCUCGUGCUCGUCGACCUCAACGCCGCCAAUCUCAAGGAAAUCGCUCACACCGUCAGAUCUCGCCACGCCGUGCAGACCAAGACCGUGGUGUUCGAUCUCUCGCUCGUUUCUACUGCCCAAGGUGACGAGGCGAUGCGGCGGCUCCGAGAGGCCGUGGCGGGGCUGGACGUGGGAGUGCUGGUGAACAACGCCGGGGUGGCGAAGCCGGGCGCCGUGUACCUGCACGAGGCCGACGUGGAGGCCUGUGUGAGGAUGAUGCGGGUGAACCUGUGGGCGCUGACGGAGGUGACCGCCGCGGUGCUGCCGGGGAUGCUGGAGCGACGCAGGGGCGCCGUCGUCAACAUGGGCUCAGCCUCGUCGGAGGCCAUCCCCUCCUUCCCCCUCCACACCAUGUACGCUGCCACCAAAAGGUAUGUUGCGCAGUUCUCCAGGAGCCUUUACGUUGAGUACAGAAGCAAAGGGAUCGAUGUGCAAUGCCAGGCUCCGUUCUACGUGGCGACCAGGAUAGUGUCAAGGCUGGCAGAGACCGGGCGGGCCGGGCGCCUCUCUAUGUUCCUCAUUGCGCCGACGCCCGACGCGUACGCGAGCGCGGCGGUGCGCUGGAUCGGCCACGGCCCGCCCCUCUGCGCCCCCAACCUCGGCCACCAGCUCCUGUGGUGCCUCGCCGCCGUCCUGCCGGACUUCGUCCACGACUGGCUCCGCAUGCGCGAGCACCUGCAGCACAGAGCGCUGGCUCAGAGAGCGUCGAGACGUCGUGCCGGCGUGCCAAUAACUGUCAAGUGA